AAAAUAUUUCUUGUCUUCAAAAUGAAAAUAGAUUUGGAGAUCAGUGAUCCAGUCAACUUUAGCUCUGGCGAUCAUCAACAUCUUGUUCAGAAAGCAGCAAUUAAAGGUAACCCUGGUAAACUGGAUCAGUCCUUCACACAUUCAUCUGGAGAUAGGCCACAAGAAGCCAUCAAACACUCAAAUCCAAAGCCUAGAGAUGGAGCAAAUAUCUACGCAAUACAAAUUUCAGAUGCUUCUACAAAUGAGAACGCAAAUUCACAUGGUCCCUUUGAAGACAUGUCUGUCCGUAGAGGUUUCAUUGUUAAAGUGUUCAUUAUCCUGUCAGUUCAGUUGAUUGUUACUGCGACAAUCAUUGGUGUGUUCGUUUUCUGCAUGCCUAUAAGAAAGUGGGUCAUCUCUGUGCCCUGGUUCCUGUAUGCACUCCUCCCAGCAAUUAUGGUUGUGAUUGUCGUGCUGGCUUGCUGUAGGGACGUCCGACGCCAAGUGCCAGCAAACUACAUUCUCCUGGCGUUCUUUACACUUCUGGAAGGUUUGCUGCUAGGAAGCAUGUCUAUCUUCUAUAGGGCAGAAGAGAUACUGUGGGCGACAGGAGCCACCACGGUGGUGACAUUAGCGCUCACUUUAUUUGCACUGCAAACAAAAUGGGAUUUUACCGUGCUAAAUGGAGUGCUGUUUGUGCUCACCAGUGUAUUGCUUAUCUACGGGAUUAUCGCACUUGUGGUACAGUCAUAUUGGUUGCAUCUGGUGUACUCAGCGCUCGGAACACUGCUCUUCUCCAUGUACCUGGUGAUGGACGUGCAGAUGAUGGUCGGGGGGCACUACCAUUAUGAGGUAGACCCUGAAGAGUACAUAUUUGCUGCUCUGAACAUCUACGUGGACAUUAUCAACAUUUUCGUUUUCAUUUUGGACCUGAUUGGACAAUAGCUGAUGGCCAAGGCUGGCUAAGGUUCAGAAGAGAAAAGGUGGGACACCGGUGGUGUAUUGCCAGGCCUAGGCAGGAGCGAUGACCACCCAGGCCCUUUUAGUAGUCAUCUACCUGUCUGUCUGUCUAUGUCCA